UUGCGCACUGGUGCGCAUUCUGUCGGUGGGGAACUGUCGCACGGACAGUUCGAGUUUCCUCUUUCCGUUUGACAUGUUUUUUAAAGCAACAUUUCACACUGGACGUUAUUUUUAGUCCCACGCGUGUUGUAUACUGCUGUAUUUUUGCUAAGUUUGAAGUCUGGUAGUAUCCAAUAAUCCAGUUUUUUUUGCGGUGUCUUUUACCGAGAAGCACCUCCUACUUUAGUUCUACAGUGGAGCAACGAUUACCUCGAGCAUGUCUGAACUUUCUGAAAUUUUUCUCAAGUGAAGCUUUCCGCAACCCGGAGAAUAAGGAAACGCGCUGUGGCCAACACCUUCCCAAUGCUCCCGCCCUUGACUGAGAUGCUCACCUGAGUUAAAGUUCACAACUUGACAAAAGAUUUCCUGAGAAUUACUCACCUGACGCACAAUGGCUUCCAAUAUAAUCGUGGAGCAGCAGUUUCCUCUCAAAUUUACAGUGACAGUGGUUCGAGCCAAAAACGUCACCAAGGGAGCGCUGGGCGACCUGUUGGACACCCCAGAUCCAUAUGUAGAGCUGUUCAUCCCAACGGCCCCAGAGAGCAGAAAGAAGACAAAGCACAUAGACAACAACAUCAAUCCUGAAUGGAACGAGACCUUUCACUUCAUACUGGACCCCAACCAGCAGAACCUCCUAAAGUUAACAUUGAUGGAUGCCAACUAUGUAAUGGAUGAGAAGCUUGGGACUGCGACCUAUGACAUCACCAAGCUCGGAGUGGGCCAGAAAAAGAUGGAGCCUUUCCUCAUUGGAAAAGUAACCACAGUUUACUUAGAGAUGUCCCUGGAGAUCUGCACCAAACUGGAUCUGCGGUUUAGCCUGGCCCUGUGUGACAAAGAGAAGCAGUUCAGACAGACCCGCAGAGACAGAGUGAUGCUGGGCAUCAAGAAGUUGCUGAACAUGGAGAAGCCUUGUUUCCUCCCCAGCGCUCCAGAUGAGGUACCAGUGAUAGCCAUAGCGGGCUCAGGAGGCGGUUUCCGGGCCAUGGUAGGCUUCUCCGGUGUGAUGAAAGCCUUGUUUGAGUCUGGGGUCCUUGAUUGUGCAACAUACGUCGCCGGACUCUCCGGAUCUACAUGGUACAUGUCCACUCUCUACUCCCAUCCAGAGUUUCCAGACAAGGGCCCAAAGGACAUUAAUGCAGAGCUGAUGAAGAGGGUUAGUAGUAACCCAUUGAAGCUCUUGCUGCCUCAACAUAUCACCAACUACAUCCAGGCCCUAUGGACCAAAAAGGCUUCAGGGCAACCUGUUACCUUUACGGAUGUCUUUGGUAUGCUCAUAGGAGAGACGCUUCUACCUGCGAGGAUGGACAGCAAACUGAGUGGCAUUCAGGAGAAAAUAAACCAGGCACAGAGCCCUCUUCCUCUCUUCACAUGUCUGCAUGUCAAGCCAGAUGUUUCAGAGCUCAUGUUUGCAGACUGGGUGGAGUUCAGCCCGUAUGAAAUUGGGAUGGCAAAGUACGGAACCUUCAUGACCCCCGACUUGUUUGGAAGCAAGUUCUUCCUGGGAACCGUUGUUAAGAAAUACGAGGAGAAUCCCAUUCAUUUUCUGAUGGGUGUGUGGGGCAGCGCCUUCUCGAUUCUGUUCAACCGAGUGCUGGGAGUCAAAGACACAGUCGGUCUCAGCACCAUGGAGGAGGAGCUGGAACAGAUCAAGCCACAGCACAUUGUGGGAGACGACAGCAUGGACAAUGAUGACGAACCACGUAAAGGUGGGACAGAGAACUUGAACGCAGAAGAAGAGUACAGUCUCACUGCUCAGGCUAGCUGGGUUCAACGAAUGUUCACAUCACUCUUCAGUGACUCAUCCUUAUUCAACACAAGAGAGGGCCGGGCCGGGAAGGUGCAUAAUUUUAUGCUGGGCUUGAACCUGAACACCAGCUUUCCAUUCAGUGAGAUCACUUGCAAUGCCACCACACCUGAAGAUGAGGUAGAUAACGUGACAGACCCAGAUGAGUUCAAUCGUAUUUACGAACCUCUGGAUGUGAAGAGCAAGAAGAUCCAUAUAGUGGACAGUGGCCUGACCUACAACCUUCCCUACCCUCUCAUCCUGCGGCCGCAGCGCGGCGUCAACCUCAUCAUCUCCUUUGACUUUUCUGCACGACCCAGUGACUCCAGCCCCCCAUUUAAGGAGAUCCUAUUAGCAGAAAAGUGGGCUCGCAUGAACAAGCUUCCAUUUCCCAAAAUUGACCCCAGAGUCUUUGACCGCGAGGGUCUGAAGGAAUGCUACGUCUUCAAACCGGAAAGAGGCCAAAAGGACUGUCCGACCGUCAUCCACUUUGUCCUGGUCAACAUUGACUUCAGGACAUUCAAGGCUCCUGGUGUUCCCAGAGUGACAGAGAUGGAGAAGGAAUUUGCUGAUUUCGACAUCUUUGACGAUCCUGAGUCACCGUUCUCCACGUUUAACUUCCAGUACUCUAACGAGGCCUUCACCAGACUCCAUGACCUCAUGGAAUUCAACACACUCAACAACCUGGAGGUGAUAAAAGAAGCCAUCAAGGAUAGCAUCUCGUCCCGAAAGGAGAAUCCAUCGAUCCUCUCCCAUCCCUUCUCCCUCAGUGCGAUCCCGAAAAAGAAGUUUCACAAAAGAGAAUCUCAGGCAAAGCCCUAGAAUAAUGAGAAAUGACUUAUCUAAGACUGUUGACAUAGCAAACUCUCAGUCUUAAAGAAAAGUGUUUUCUUUUUGGAAAAUGCUAUCAUGGUAAUCUUUUUUUCUCUGCAAUGCAUUCCGUUGGUAUACAAUAAAACAGUUAUAAUUUCAUCUGGUAUCGUUUGCACAAAUGUGACUUUUGUGGAAACUGUUAAUGUCAUUUCCCCGCAUACAGCAUCAUUUAUCCUCUGGCAAAGGGAAGACCAAUCGUUGAGAAUCAACACUUACUAAAUGCCGCAACGUGAAUAGGUUGUUACAGCUGACAUCUGUCUCUGUCACAACAUUUCCUAUGCCUGGAGGUGUCCAGGCUGCAUUUGCAUUUGUACCGUGACUCAGCCAUGUCUACAUUUACCUUGGUGCUGCGUUAAUGCAAUGUAGGAAGCCUGAUGUGUGCCUUUAACUGUUUGUUUGUUGAGCUAUUUCCAUAUUGACGACAGAACAUGCAAAUCCCUGAGUUUUUAUUUUUGUACUUGUUCGGUUUGUUGGCCGGCUCGUACAGACAUGCGCCACUUUUUUUAAAACCAUGGAGGAGUUUGUAACCAUUGUUUUUGUUUGAUGUCAACUCCUCGACACCCUCUUUAAAUACCUCAAACAUCUCAAUGAUGCUUGCACCUACAGGAAAAGAGCACUCCCUGCUUCCCCAUAGGGAGUGUCCCAUAUCAAAGCCACCAUUUUGUAAAAACAAAACUCAAUACCAUAGAAACGGCCCCGGUUACUCCCCCCCUCCUCUCUCUUUUCCAACUCUAGGUGUGUUUAUUUUCCCUGAUCACCUAGUUUCAGGCUAUAUUUUAGACAAAGGAGCGGUUUUUUUUGCGGUCCUCUUCCGCGCCCAUUACACACGGCACGAUGCAGGACGCCCAGUGAAGUGGAGCUCAGGUCGGGAACUGGGUGGAACUGGUGAGAGCGAUCAAGAGGAUCGCAGGCGCCCAGUGGAAUUUCACACACAACACCUACACCUGCAGCAACGGAAGCCUUGAAGCGGACACACUAGACUACCUGCAAGGAGCCGAAAGCUGUGAAAUUUUGAGCCCUUCCAAACCUUAUAUAUGCUCAUGUUUCAGCCCCACUGGUCUGGAAGACGCACUCUCGCUGUGGGAGUUCAUGACCCCAAAAAACAUUUGCCAAGUUUCUUUUGUGCUCAUUUUUUUUUAAGGCGCUUUUGGUUAUUUGACGCCACUUGUCUGUUACGUACUAGUGAAAGUCUCGACGUCACGGGUGUCUUUCUAAAGUUUCUAAAGCAUAAUUGCUGGUGGUGGGGCCAGUUUAUGUUUGAGAGACCGAAACACAAUGAGGCUGUGGAUGGACUUUCAAAUUGAAAGACGAAGAUGAAAGGCUUAUGGGGGCCAUGUGUGGCCCGAGUCUCUCAUGGAGGUGAAGGGAUUGCACCAGAGGGCGUUGGUUCCUUUCUUUUGCUUUUCUUGUAAUCUGCUGGUAUACGUUGUUCCACUGUUUUCUUUAAGUUAACACCUGCUGGCUGUAGCCUCACUCAUGAGACAAAUUAUAUUACUGAUAUUUACAUCAAGUAAGCACACCGUCACAAAUUUUUAAAAUUAAAAACUAAAAAAAAAGUUUAAAGUUUUACUCAAAGCAACAAAAAAACAAGCAGAAAUCUUUUUGUGUGACAUUUUGUCAAACUCAGCGAGCUAAUACUUUUAUUAUGGUGUGGUUAUUUUAAAAGCCUCUUCAUGAAUGAAUUAAUCUGUAUUCAUCUUUAAUAACUUGAUCAUUUGUCCCAUUACAAUGUUUACAAAUGUUAAAGAUGCUAGAUGGUCAGUCCUGUACUGUACUGUACAUGUACUAUGAAAUGUAGGUUGUAGAGUGUGUUGGACUGCAGGUUGAAAGAUGUGGUUAAUUACGGUCUGACAACAAAAUGCGAUUGGCUGCAUUAGGGGAAGUUUGUAAUUUGGGUGCACUGUGUUUCCUACUAUAAAAAGAAUAUUUUAUAAAUUA